GGGGGUGGGGGGAAGGAGUGUUAAUUGCAACAAGGCUGCUAGAUAGAAUCAUUGUAAAUUUAAAUACAUACUAUUUUGUUUGAGAUUGUGGUUAAGAAAAUGAUCUCUUAUACACUGUAGUAAAUGACUUCUGAUAUGAAAUCGUUUGAUCUUUGUUAUUUCAGUUGGACCUUUAUAUGUAGACACAAGUGUUCCUAAAAUGGAAGAUGUUGAAAAACAAUUCUCCAGUGAAUUCAAUGGUUGGGUUGAUAAGGGAGGCUGCUGGAAACCAACUGAAUGUAAAGCAAGAGUUAAGAUGGUCCUGAUAAUUCCAUAUCGCAAUCGUUUUGAACAGCUGUCAGUAUUUUUGCGGCAUAUGCACCCUAUUUUCAAGAGACAAUAUCUGGACUACAGGAUCGUGGUUGUAGAGCAGACAGGAGAUACUAUCUUUAACCGUGCCCUGCUGUUUAACAUUGGCUUUAAAGAAGCGCUCAAGUUUGACCAGUACGAGUGUUUUAUAUUUCAUGAUGUGGACUUGAUACCAGAAGAUGAUCGUAAUGAAUACAGCUGUCCAACGUCGCCCAGACAUCUGUCUGUAGCGGUGGAUAAAUUUAAUUAUCAUUUGCCCUACACAAAUAUCUUUGGAGGAGCUGGUUCAUUUUUAAGGGAACACUUUGAACUUAUAAAUGGAUUUUCAAACAAGUUUUGGGGAUGGGGAGGUGAAGACGAUGAUCUUUUUAACAGAAUAUCUGCAAAGCAGCUCAAGCUAACACGACCAUCAAUGCAAUUAGGAAGGUAUAAAAUGAUCAAGAUGUUUCAUCACAGUAGCCAGCCUGAUCCAGAUCGGUUUGCCAAACUAAGGGACUCUGCACAACGGAUGAGCAGUGACGGACUCAACUCUCUCGUAUAUACUGUGGUUAAAAUUACAGAACAUCGACUAUACACCCUCAUCUCAGUCGAUGUUAAGAAGGCGAUGCCCAAAAGGCGUUAGGGUUUUUUAAAUUCCAACAUAGACACAAGGAACAUUUUGAUGUCAAACUAAAAGAAACAUUUUACAAGUCUACUUAAAAAUAAUUGAAAUUUUGGGAGCAUUUCUUUGUGAAAAUCCAAGACUGGAUUCGUAAAUUGAAAAAUAGAUUUUGUGCUCCUAUACUAAACAGAUUAAUUCAAGAUCAGUCAGAUCAGGGUGCAUCAAAGGAACUGAAAAAUCCACCCUGGGCAAGGAUUCACCAGUUCCUUUGAUGCACCACGAUCCAGCUGAUCUUGAAUUAAUCUGUUUAGUAAAGAAAUGCAAAAUCUGUUUUGGAUUUAAGAAUUCAAACUUGGAUUUUCCCAAAGAAAUGCACCCUUAUGUUGCAAUGUUGGAUUGCUCAUAGCACUGUCUGUACAUUGCACAAAGUUUGUCAUUAAAUAGGAUAUAAGUAUCCCAGCGGUCAUCAAGAAAAAACUUUGGCCUUUUGAACACCAUGUAGUUUUUCAUAUACAUGUACUUCAUUAAUCAUACUUCAUUACUUCAUUAAUCAUAUAUACUGUUCGCUCCUACAUCGAUGCUUUUUGUCCCAAGAACCUCAGUGUAAGAGGUUACACGCCCAGAAAUUCUAUUGGUCAAUCAAAUAAAUAUAAUUUUUGGUAAAAAAUAUGCUUAAUAUAUAUUUUAACAAUUAGAUUAGGAGCCCAAGAUUUCUAUCAGGUGAGAGUUGAUGAGGAUUCAGCUCAAGUCAACUAUCAUGCAUAGAAAUCGACUGUGAAUAAUCUAUUAAAUAAAUAUUUUUGUUUUAGCAUAAAACUACUAGUCAUUCAAAACUUGACUAGUAAAUUAUCAAAAUCCAAUUCAAACACUGCGAAAACACGAGGAGGCAGCUGCCAUUUUGUCAACCGCUCACUACUAAGCUACUCACUAUCCACAACAGAAUCAAUAGUGAGUAGUGUAGCCCUUAAGAGAUCGCAUUUGUCAUAAAAUAAAUUAUGACAGGACCUGUCAAGCAUGUGAUUAUAAUUUGUGUGAUGACAUGCCCUCCUAUUUGCUUUAUAAUUCUGUAAUUCUGUUAGGAAAAUAUUCCCAGACAGGGAUAUUCACUGUGUGGCAGGUUCAAGCAUAAAAUAAUAAAAUAGAGGGCUAGUGUGUGAUUGUAUGAGGGUAUGUAAACAUGGAAUGAUACUUGUGACCUAGCUAGAGAAUUAUGCACAAGUCACAUGUUUACACCAAGCCUCAUGUAAACACAAGUGUGUCUGUGCUCAGGUUCUCCCAUACUUGCCAACUGCAAGAGAUUUUCUGUUAAUAGUGGGGCGCACUGACAUUUUUCUCCGACUCAUUGAUUCUUAACUGUGCUAUUCAUUGCAUUUUUUACACGACUAAGUUAGUUCAGAGGGCCAAUAACUAAAAUCUAUUACCAGUCUAGGGUUCUCGAAGCAUUGGACCGGGCACUGUUCUAAGUGAUCCUGCAAGAUCUCUCUUGAAGAUUUUCAGUUAGUUUGAGUCUGUAAUAACUCUCUUAUUAAUUAACAAGCUUGCUCGAGACCAUCAGGGAGAAUAUCAGCCCUCGGUCUUUUUUGUAUGGAUGUCACUGCACUGAUAUUCUUCCAGUAUGGUCUCAUGCUUGGCUAAUAAGAUACAUAUCUUGACUGUUACCCUAGCCAAUUUUCCAGGCAUGUCAUCUUGUAAUUCUGUACAACUGCAGUACACUUAAAUAAAAUUUUUACAAUUUAUUGUAACAUGCCACACAUUUUGAUGCAACUUUUGUUACAACAAAAUGCAAGACUACUAGUUGGACAAAACAUUGCCUACUGAAGAGUUUUAUAACUAGAGCGAAAUGACAGGUACAUUUUUUAGCUAUUAUUUAUUAGUUCUGUUAGAAAGCUAUUAUUUUACUGGUCCAGUUAACAAUGACGUUAGCGAAAGUUUGGUUACCCAUCAGUCUGAGUACACUACAAGUACACUUCAAGUACUGCGGAGCUUUAGUCUAAUACCCUUCUCUAAAAAAAUACCUGUAACAAAUACCCUUCUCUAAAAACCCGUUAUUACUAUUUUAAAUAUCACAUGUAAAUUAAUUUGUUCAUAUCUAGCAUCUCUCUACCGCAGAAUAAAAAUAGCAGUAUCCCAGUUAACAUGUGCUGGAAAAUGUAUUUUUUAUCUGCAAAGUAAAAAAUAUUUUUAAAGCACCUAACAAAUGGGAUCACAGGAAGCCCACUUCAAAACGUACAAGAAGUUUAAUAGAUCCAGCUGACAGCAGUAAUACUAAUACUGUAAAAGUUUACUUGUUUUUCAUGAAAGAAGAGCUGGCAUCAUUAAAGAGGACAUUGUAGGA